AUGACCAAACAGUUACAUACCGGCAAUUUGAUAGAUUAUGAUAUCCUAGAUUAUCAGUUCAAAAAUCUUCAAAGAACAGAAGGAAGUUCUUGUAAUUCUCAACACAAUGUGAACUCCAACGAGAAAAAACCUCUAACCAUCUGUAAUUCUGUAUUCGACUAUGAAAAACCAUCGCCACGUGGAUUGACUAGAGAUAAAGAAUCGAUUGAAAAGUGUGCAAGAAAAAUGCAACCUUCAAAUAAUAGGAGCAUGUCAAUGAUUGGAAACCCAUCAAAAAUCCAACUGAACCAGAUUUCAGAGCCAGAUGCUUCGAAAUAUAAUGAAAUUAAACAGAUACCGGAUACGAUGAAAAUUGAAGUACGUCGUACUGUAGUUCGCGAAGGCGGCAUUCACUUCGAAGAGACGAGCAUUAUUCAAUUCCCUAAAAAUUUACCGCCUAAUGUGCAAAUCAUCACGGCCCAAUUCGUUCCCGGGAAUCAUGAUCAAUGA